AAGGUGAUGGCCGAUGAUGAGUUCACCCAGGACCUCUUCCGGCUGCUGCAGCUGCUCUGCGAGGGCCACAACAACGACUUCCAGAACUACCUCCGGACGCAGACGGGGAACACGACCACCAUCAACAUCAUCAUCUGCACCGUGGACUACCUGCUGCGCCUGCAGGAGUCCAUCAGUGAUUUCUAUUGGUACUACUCGGGCAAGGAGGUCAUCGACGAGCACGGGAAGCGGAACUUCUCCAAGGCCAUGGCCGUGGCCAAGCAGGUCUUCAACAGCCUCACCGAGUACAUCCAGGGCCCGUGCACGGGGAACCAGCAGAGCCUGGCCCACAGCCGCCUCUGGGACGCCGUCAUCGGCUUCCUCCACGUCUUCGCCCACAUGAUGAAGAAACUGGCCCAGCACUCCAGCCAGAUCGAGCUGCUGAAGGAGCUGCUGGACCUGCAGAAGGACAUGGUGGUGAUGCUGCUGUCCCUGCUGGAGGGCAACGUGGUGAACGGCACCAUCGCCCGGCAGAUGGUGGACAUGCUGGUGGAGUCCUCGGCCAACGUCACCAUGAUCCUCAAGUUCUUCGACAUGUUCCUCAAGCUCCGCGACAUCGUGGCCUCGGACGCCUUCCGCGCCUCCGUCACCGACCCGCGGGGCCUCAUCUCCAAGAAGGACUUCCAGAAGGCCAUGGACAACCAGAAACAGUUCGAAGCCGCCGAGAUCCAGUUCCUGCUCUCGUGUUCCGAAGCCGACGAGAACGAGAUGAUCGACGUGGACGCCUUCGCCGGGCGCUUCCAAGAGCCGGCGCGCGACAUCGGCUUCAACGUGGCCGUGCUCCUCACCAACCUGGCCGAGCACGUGCCCCACGACCAACGCCUGCGCACCUUCCUGGAGCAAGCUUCCAGCAUCUUGGAGUACUUCCGCCCCUUCUUGGGCCGCAUCGAGAUCAUGGGGGCGGCGCGGCGCAUCGAGCGCCUCUACUUCGAGAUCAGCGCCGCCAACAAGGCGCAGUGGGAGAUGCCGCAGGUCAAGGAGUCCAAGCGGCAGUUCAUCUUCGACGUGGUCAACGAGGGCGGCGAGGCCGAGAAGAUGGAGCUCUUCGUGAGCUUCUGCGAGGACACCAUCUUCGAGAUGCAGAUCGCCUCGCGGCUCUCCGAGGAGCGCGGCGCCGCGGCGCGCCAGGACCCGGCCGCCGCCGAGGAAGAGGAGGGCGAGGAAGGCGUCGAAGCGACGCGCUCGACGCCGGCCGCCGUCGGCCAUCGUUGGUUGAGCGGCGUCUUCGGCUCGGCCGACGCGUGGCGGCGGCGGUUGAGGAGGUGGAAGAGGAGGCCGGGGAGGGAGCUGCUGCGGGCGGUGGGGAGCGGGGCCGGACGCGCGGCGAUGGGCACAGCGGGGGCGGCGUGGGGGGCGAUGGGAGCCGUGGGGCGGCUGCUGUGGGUCUCGCUCUUCGGUGGGGGGCUGGUGGAAGGGGCGCAGCGCCUGGCGCUGGCCGAGGUGCUGGCCGACAUGCCCGACCCCACGCAGGACGCAGUGGGGGGCGCCGGGGGAGGGGGGGGCGGGGAGGAUGUGGGGCGAGCCCCCCAAGAACCCGGCCCCAUGGAGCAGCGCCAGGAGGUGAAGGAGGAGGAGGAGGAGGAGGAGGAAGGGGACGGGAAGGCCCCGGCGAUGCCUUUUGGGGGGCCCAAGGAGCACCCGCGAGCGGCAGCGCUGGAGGCCGCUGGGGGGCUGGGGGACAUCGGGGAGCCCCCCGGAGCAGAGCCCCCCACCCCAGAGGGCAGCCCCAUGCCGCGCAGGAAGGGGGGGGAGGAUGGGGAGGAGGAGGUGGAGGAGCCGCAGCAGAAGGAGGAGAAGGAGGAGGCCGAGGAGGAGAAGGGCGACGCCGAGAACGGGGAGAAGGGCGGAGCCGAGGGCGCCGAGGGGGGGCCCGAUCCUGCCCCGCCCCCCAAGAGGAGCCAAUCAGGGCCGAGGGUGCGCAAGGAGCCCCCCAGCGAGGGAACCUUCGAGCUCUGGGCCGAGCUCGAGGUCCAGAGGGUGAAGUUCCUGAAUUACCUCUCGCGCAACUUCUACAACCUCCGCUUCCUGGCGCUCUUCCUCGCCUUCGCCAUCAACUUCAUCCUCCUCUUCUACAGGGUGUCGGAGCCCCCCCCCGGGCCUGAGGAGGGGGAGGGGGAGGGGGAGGGGGAGGGGGGCGGGGCGGAGCCCCUCCCCCCCCGCUACGUGCUGGAGGAGGGCACCGGCUUCAUGCAGCCCGCGCUUCGGGGGCUCGCGCUUGCGCACACGCUCGUCGCCUUCCUCUGCAUCAUUGGCUACAACUGCCUCAAGAUCCCCCUGGUGAUCUUCAAGCGGGAGAAGGAGCUCGCCCGGGGCCUGGAGUUCUCGGGGCUCUACAUCAGCGAGCAGCCCCCCGACGACGACGUCAAGGGCCAAUGGGACCGCCUCGUGCUCAACGCCCAAUCCUUCCCUAGAAACUACUGGGACAAAUUCGUCAAGAGGAAGGUGCUGGACAAGUACGGGGCCAUUUACGGGCGCGAGCGCAUCGCGGAGCUGCUGGGCAUGGACCUGGCGAGCCUGGAGAUAGGGGCGCAGGGGGGGCGGGGCGCGGCCCCCGACAGCUCCCUCAUCACGUGGGUCACUUCCAUCGACAUCCGGUACCAGAUCUGGAAGUUUGGGGUCAUCUUCACGGACAACUCCUUCCUGUACCUCACGUGGUACAUGGCCAUGUCCCUGCUGGGCCACUACAACAACUUCUUCUUCGCCUCGCACCUCCUGGACAUCGCCAUGGGGGUGAAGACGCUGCGCACGAUCCUGUCCUCCGUGACCCACAACGGCAAGCAGCUCACCAUGACCGUGGGGCUCCUGGCCGUCGUCGUUUACCUUUACACCGUGGUCGCCUUCAACUUCUUCCGCAAGUUCUACAACAAGAGCGAGGACGAGGCCGAGCCCGACAUGAAGUGCGACGACAUGAUGACGUGUUACCUGUUCCACAUGUACGUGGGGGUCCGGGCCGGGGGCGGCAGGGACGAGAUCGAGGACCCGGCGGGGGACGAGUACGAACUCUACCGGGUGGUGUUCGACAUCACCUUCUUCUUCUUCGUCAUCGUCAUCCUGCUCGCCAUCAUCCAGGGUCUGAUCAUUGACGCCUUUGGGGAGCUGAGGGAUCAGCAGGAGCAAGUGAAGGAGGACAUGGAGACCAAGUGCUUCAUCUGCGGCAUCGGGAGCGACUACUUCGACACGACGCCCCACGGCUUCGAGACCCACACCUUGGAGGAGCACAACCUGGCCAACUACAUGUUCUUCCUCAUGUACCUGAUCAAUAAGGACGAGACAGAGCACACGGGGCAGGAAUCCUAUGUGUGGAAGAUGUACCAGGAGCGCUGCUGGGAUUUCUUCCCGGCCGGGGACUGCUUCCGGAAGCAAUACGAGGAUCAAUUGGGAUGAUUCCCCCCCCCUCCCCCCCCAG